AUGGCUGGGCUCCUCACCUUUGCUUCCGUGAGGGACAACAAGUCACGCUAUAUGGAGAAAAAGCAGACACUGUAUGACAAAGGACAGUACACCAAGUUUCCCCAUGGCUACGCCACUAACUUUUGGUGGCAGUUUAUGAACACUACAGCUCACUGGAAUAAUAAAACUGACUGCUAUGCAUGUACCCAUAUGCCCCUAUCCUCGCAGACGUCUGGCCUGUGGCCGUACAGCAUACCUGAAGAUCGCAGUUGGUGUCUGUUGGGCCUGGCAACACAUCCAGGCUACGGUACUCUUUGGUCCAAGGCCAACUACAGCAUCCCAGCAAAAGCAACCUGGAGGUCAUCGUCACCCACAAAUGUGAACUGUUCCGGACAGACCUACCUACUGACCUGGCCCCAAGUCUCAGACCCACUGCCUGAUGUAAUUCUACUGAACAAGCUGAACGCAGCGCAACUGCCAAUUACAGAGGCCAAUGAGGACUCAACUGGUGGAGAAGUUGUGCAGUCUGAGAUGGCAAUGGAAGAGUUUUACAUCGACUCUGCAGAGUCAGAAGUAUCAGACCUGGAUGAGGCUGUCCUGGCUUCCCCUGAACAAAAUGACUCACAUGACGAGAUGGACCUUGCGACUGUGUUGAAAGAUUUCCAGGAAACGCAUCUUGACACCAGCAAUUAUUGUGCAAUAAUAGCCCGACGUAGGAAAAUCCUACAUAGUGCCUGCAUGGCACUUUCCAAGUCAUAUUUUGCCUGGCAUAAAUUGCCAAAUAUUGAAUUUGUUGGUGAAAUGGCCGAUGAUUAUGGAGGCCCAAGGCGGGAAUUUUUUCGAUUACUUAUGGUCGAAACUCAGAAUUCCCUAGGGAUUUUUGAGGGGAAGCCUGGCAGUCUGUUGUUCAGCUAUAGCCAGCAGUUGCUGUCAAGCAACAAGUUUUAUACGGCUGGUAAACUGAUUGCUUGGUCAAUAGCACACAAUGGGCCAGGGCCACGGUAUAUCAACAGACACCUGUUCUGUAUGAUGUGUGGCCAGAAGACAUCUCUUGAUGACUUCGAUGUAGAGGUCUUCAUGGACGAAGACGUCAAACAGAACAUAGAAAAGGUAAAACUGUGUGCAUGCUGA